AGUAAAGAGCUGUUGAGGCAGGUUGUUUGACAGGUGGUUUGUGUUGUCAUAGCAACAACAACAUCCGGCAAUAGUCGCGCAAGGAACAGUGGGUAAAUUCCAAGAUGGCGUCAAAACCGAACAAUCUGAGAAAUUUUCUCCGUACUUUUCUCGUAAUAGUCGAAGUUUUGUGAACGGUCGGCUGCUUCUGUGACGCCAUGGCAAGGGCCGUGACAAGUUCAAAUGUUCAUAGAAGUCUGGAUAACCGUUGUUAAGUCACGAGGGCUUAGAUUCGGAGCAAUCUGAAUGCAGUUAACUCCAUGAUGGCUAGCUCCAGAGGAAGUGGACAGAUGACCACUCACAACAGUGACCAGCUGCUGGACAUGUUACGGCAGGAGGUCAUGAGUCAGGGCAGUGAUCAUCGUCCUGGUGACAGGAACAAGAGUGGAGUACAGGACAGUCUGGAUACAUACAGGUCCGUCAACGUAGACUCAUCUUCAGAUGAGGAACAGGAGGAACGCUACCCUGUGGACAGUCCUGGCCAAAAUCACCAAUACUCACAACACAGCCCCCAUCUUCCUAACCAACCAAAAGCCUACAGCCACAACAGAAAUGUUUCAUCAGAAAGUGACCGUUAUACGGUUUCUACAUCGCAACAGACAACGCGACAGCAAAGAACUGGUCCCGGGUCUGUGCAGCGAACGGUUCGACAGCUUGGAAAUUCCGAUGAUGAGGAUGACAAUGAGGAUGUGAGAGAUAGUCUAGAAGAGGAGGAGGAUUCAGCAGAAGAGGAGAAUUAUCAACAGCGACUGAAAGAACGUCUGAGGCAAGAGCAGGAAAGAAUACAAUCAGAUGACAGUCUAGAAGAAGGGGAGGAUAGUCCCUCAGAUUCGCUGGAUUUACCAGUACUAAGUGGAGGGGGAAAUAGUUCUGAACACUCUCCAUUGUCAAUAGACACGCGAGGGAGCGAUCGCUAUGAGGACUUAGAGGGAGGUUCCAAAACCCCCGGUAAGGAUCCCUACGCAAACCUGAGAUAUGAUCCCAACUGGAAGGAAAGGGGCGCUCUGAUUGUCAGUACGCCAUACGUUCAGGAGGAGUUGAAAGCCAGGACUAGAAUGGUGGAUUUUGAACAGGAUUUCUUCCCUGCAGAUUCUUUAGAAUCUGCGAACAAAAACCCACUAAGGUUAGGAACACCCCAUCCCACAAGGGAUGAGGACAACAGCAGAGAGGAGAGUCGGGGAUCAGAAGAUUCACGGUACACUCUUCAAACAGACAGUGGUAAAAGGAGUGUCUCCAGAGGAAGUUCUGAAGACAGAACACCAGUGAGAGACCACAAAGGUGGAAAGCAGCGUUACUCUAGUCCUGAGGAGGAUGACACAAUUGAGCAAGAGGAGAUAAGGGAGUACCAGAGGGCUCUAAAAGUAGGAGAGCCGAGAGUUGUUCCCUACAGCAAGCCCUUCCCUUCUCCACCUCAAGCGCCUUAUGCUCAACAGCCAAGUUCAAAUGCCUACCAUUGGCCACCAGCUGGGGGAGAGGAAGAGGAGUCAGGGUAUCACAGCAAGAGAGAUGCUGAACAAGUCAAGCAAAAGCACAGACCUGUUGGGCCUGUGGGUUAUACAAGCCCACGUGCUGUUGGUCCCGUUGUUCAGAAAGCAGCGACGCCCGAAGAAUUUGAACAGUCGAGUUUUCCGAACGAUGAGUACAACACUUCCUCAGACGUGACCAUCACAAGUGGCAUGACAAACCAAAGACCUGCCGUGGAGAAACCACCCCUUCCCAGGCCGCCAAAGACUGAGAAACCGGCACCAAAAUCCUUCAUAGAACUGAACAAAGAAAAGCUGAACAAGCAGGAUGCAAAGAAAGGAGGGUCAUACGCCAGACGGUAUGCGCAGAAGAAAGCCCUACAUGAACAGCCUCCCUCUCCUAGAAGGAAGAAGGGUGGAAAGAGUGAAGUUUCAGAACCCAAUCAAGAAGAAGAUGUGGAAGAUUUUUCCAACAUGACAGCAGAAGAGGUGUGGCAGCUUAAGCAAGAGAGGCUGAGACAAGCCAAGGAGGCAAAAAGUGGUGUUAGGAGCGGUAAGAAAUCCAAGAAGAAUAGCAGGACUGAUGCCUCACCGCCAAGCAAAGCAUCAAGCGCCAGCUCAACUGCAUCUAAGAACUCACAGGCAAGUCAAGGAAGUAUGGAGCUAAGGUCCAUCUCACAGACCACCACUCAGGUGGACGCUCCACCUGUCAGGUUGCAAGGUGCACCACAAUACUCCCCUCGUGAUGCAGGCUACCAAUCACAGGCUCUGCCUCCACAGAUGAACCAAUCACAGCAGGGCUUGUAUCCUGAUGGUGUUCAGACAUCUCCUCGGGCAUAUCAACCUAUGCAGCCACCAAUGUAUGCCUUUCCAAGCCAACAGGCACCCAUUAAUGUGAACAUCAAUCUUAGCUUUGACCCCAAUGAGCACAGUCCGAAACACGGACAGGCAGGGAACAGAGUUAGCCCCAGAGUUACUGUAGAUACACAAGGGAGGCAGGAUGAGUAUCAGGACUCUCCUGACACAAAUCAUCAUUCUCCAGAUAGACACAGACAAGAUGGGUCACCACUGGGACAUAGACAGGAGUUAGCCUACAACAGCACACACGGGCCACCAGAAGAGAUGGGAGGAUAUGGCCCCAGGUCUCCCGAGUCCAACAGGUCUCACCCUCAAAUGAGGGACAGACAACUCAGAAAGGAGACAGCGUACACGACUCUGUCCGACCCUACUGACAAGUCUAGCCGGGCCUAUAGAAGGGAGCGGACAUAUUCUAAACCCCUUGAAGAGGGUCAUGACUUUGACUCGGAGCCUGUGCAGGGGUCGUAUGCACAGAUUCACCAAGCCGAAAGGAGGCUGAUGCAAGAGGAACAGCAGCACAGACAGAGGUCUCUGCCUGGUAGCGGUGUAAGGGUCGAGCCGUAUCAGGGUGCAUAUGCCGGCCACCAGGAAAGGCCUGACCACAGGGAGCAAUGGGCACAGAGGGCAGGUCAGUAUGAGGAUCCUUUUAACAGUUCUCAAGAAUACGAGGAAGGUCCGCACACGUAUGCUGAGAUUCAUGGAGCAAUGAGGAACCAGGAGGGAGCCCAACAAUAUGGUAGUCCUCGAGGGUCGCGUAGUAAGGUGCAGCAACAUCCUGGUGUUCAACAUGGGCCACACUACAGGUCACAAGGGCCACCUCCACAUCAAGGGCCACCUCCACAUCAUGGGCCACCUCCACAUCAUGUGCCACCACAACAUCACGGGCCACCACAACAUCACGGGCCACCACAACAUCACGGGCUACCACAACAUCAUGGGCCACAUUAUGGGCCACAGGAGCAACCUAAACAUCUUGGCCCAUCACAACAUCAUGGGCCACAUGCCAGAGUAAUGCAAGGGCCUGACCAUGGCCCCCAACAACAUGGACACCAUGAAUGGCAUGUAGACCCCCACCAACCCCCUCACCCUCCCUUUCCCCCCUACCUGCGCAACGUUGUUAGACGUUCCAGCGAGGGAGACAUCGUGGACCUCUACCAGCAGGAUGGCGUGAGACGAGAGUCCUUCAGCCCGUAUAGCAAGGUCCCACCAAUAGGCCUUCAUGAAGAGAAGAAAGCUGCCAAGAACACCAUCAACCAUGCAAACAAACAAACUCUGAAGGCCAAGAGCAACUCAGAAGGUUAUCUGGCUUCCUAUGCCAAAAGUAAGGCCUUGGCAAAGAAGAAGCCAGUGACGUACAAGGCUUACACUGUUCAAGAUUACAAGAACCUGAAGAAAGACAUCAGACUAGGAGGGCUGGGGCCAGACCUGGACAGAGUUCAAGACAAGGCUAUGUCUUCCAAGGUUGACAAGAAGCGCCGACAGAAGGAAUAUGCCGACUCCCUGAGACAACAACAUGCCAAACAGAAGGCAGACUGGCAGAAGAAGAGAGAUGAGCAGCCUUACUACCAACAGGAGGAGGAGGAUGACCUCUACUCAAAGAGAGAAGUCCAGGAGAUGGAAGAAGAAGAUGAUGCCCAAAAAAGGAGAAAGAGAGCCUUGCAGUAUGCCAAGAGUGUGCCAAAGCCCAAGCCUGCACCUCCACCCAAGGCCGUGACUGUCCUGGAAACCCAACAUACAGACACCGUCCCCUACCAUCAUCCACCACCGAUGGAGAACCACACACCAAACAUAAUGAGGAUAGAACGGGAAGACCCUGCACAGCCUGUGCCGAGCCCUGUACUGUCGGAGAUCCAGAAGAUGAGGAUGAGACACGAAAAGGACAGAGCAAAUGCGGAGGCCAUCCGCCGGAACAUGGGCUCCAAAGUACAGGGGGUUGUAGACUCUUAGUCAAAGCUGGAGGAGACUAAGUUGAUACAUGUACAUCUUUUCUAACUUCCAUUGCAAGCUGCCUUCUGUCAGUACAACCAACUACUUUGAACGAUUCGUACAGACCAAUUUAUAACCUUGGUUUUUGGACGUUUAAGUUAGAAUUCGACAGGAGGAUUGAAAAAGAGACCUGUCCUGAGAGCAAAACAUGAGUCUGACUAGGUUUCCUUCCUGAAAUUGUGUGAUUUGAUGAGUUGGACUUUACCUUCAGACAUUGUAUUCAAUAACGUUAUUCCAAUGACCAUCAUCUUCGUAUAUCCAAAAAGUUUCAAUGAAACGAUUUUGAUUGUUUAAAAAAAGUUUUCCUCUCGGUCUAGAAGUUUUUCAUUGGUCCUGCACAAUUGUGCUGUCCUACAUUUCUAAACCCCAGCCAGGUACCAAGGUUACUAAAAGUCAUGCCACACUAGUCAGUCUGCACCUGGGCUUCAGGUGGCCACUUCCUUUGUGUGUUUGCAAUAACACGCCCGCAUGGCAUAUAUUGUGCACAAAGUAAGUCAUACUAACUAGAGCACCGUUGACCCAACCCCAAUCCCAGCAACAACCCCUUUCAAGAAACAUUUCCUGUGGCGAAUGCUUUGUCCACAUAUCUUUCUGUCCUCUAUGAUUCCCUGGGAUGUUGUGACACCAGUAAAACCUGAGAAUCAGCUCAGAAACAGGCCAUUGGGAAUAUAUAUGUCAAGGUCUGUUGUGUCUUUUGCAUCUCCAACAACACAGAAACAGUACACAGAGGUGCUCCCCCACUAGGGAUAGGGUAUAGGAGUACUGAAUGGCCCGUUUGCACAUAAACUAUGGUGUAAAUAUGUACAGUUGGAUUAGUAAUUGUUUGUGGGCACAUUCCAAAGUUUCUCAUGUACAGAGAUGGUGCGAAAAAUUAGGGACCAUUCAUGCAAAUCUUGAUAGUUCAGGAAAUAGUUUAAAACUAUCAUUGAAAAGCCUGUUCCAUUGUUGUAGGUGUCACAUUGCAAAUUGUGAAUGUUGAUAUAAAGUGUACAAAGUAUACUAGAAUGUGCAAUCACAGAAAUGGAAUAAUUUGAACACCAUUAUGAUGUAAUUAUACUAAUGUUCGUACUUCAAAUUCUAUCUAAUUGUCUAUGUACAGUUUUUGUUUGUAAAUUUGUUAGUGACUUCGUUGUCAACAUGCUGUGUCAUGUGUUUGAAGUGUAAACAAAAGGCUUAUGGAUAUGUAUAGUGGUCGUUCCCUAUAUCAUUGUCCUAUCAACAAAGAACAGGUGCGAGCACGUUGUGCAAUUUACAAGGCAAACACCCCCAAUAAUUGUAAACCACCAUUUAAUGGAAAUUGCUGAACAUACACACCUGUUCUCCAUCCACCCACCUGCUGGCCACCAGGACCGUUCAUUUAUAGCUUUAUUAUGCCGUGUAGUUCCUGUGUUGCUUUACAGUGUGAAGGGGGGGUGGGGGGUGAAUGUCAUGCCAAAGAACGUUGCCAAUAGAUCCACUUUUGGAUGGAGCCUAUGGAUGACACCAUUUUAUGGAAGGGUAGAAAUGAACUGUAUUUUUUUUAUUGUUUGGUGUGUUUUGACUGAAUCAUUGCCAUUCAUGCAAUCUAUGUGUUGUGCCACAAUCUAUAAGUCACAUCAGAUGUAUCAAUGUAGAAAAUACUGGUAGUAUAUGUACAGAUACUGUUGAAAUAUAUUGAGUGUAUAUAGGAUAAAAAUGAACACUUAAUUGCAAGUAUACAUGAUAAAUCAGGCUUGUUCCAAUAAAGGAACAAAUAGAGGAGUCAGGAUGUAAGGAUGCAAAUUUUUAUCCACAGUAAGACCCAUCAAUCAUCAAUUUUAUUCUUCGUUAAGUGCUGUCACACCCCACCAUUGUUUCCUUUCUGAAACAGUGUUGUUGUGCAAAAUUCAAGAGAGCUGUUUUGAUUUGUAUACGAUUACUGAUCCUCAAAGGCACUUAAAAUCCUAUGUAUCUAGAGGUGAUGUCCGGUUUCCUGACUAGCCAUUGAGUCUAUGAACUCCAGGUGUGAAACUUGUAUGGACUUCCGGCAUUGGCCUUUUGACAGCCGUAAAGUAGGGAUAUCUACAAUUGAUGUGUUUGUGUUUGGUAAGUCACACAGGUGUUCACACAGGUAAUAAAUCAAACAGGUGAGCCCGACACCUUAAUUACC